AACAUGAAAAUUGACAACAAUCAUAAAUUCACAACACAACACAAAAAGGAAGGCAAGGCAUCCAUAUAUUCCAACGACUUGCCGUAUGCUUGAUCAAGUUGACGGACGACAUGACGUUGGAUCACAGGACAAAAUGUAAUGAAAACCCCAACUUCAAAAUUGCCCACUUCGGAGUUUGGCGGGGAUAGUUCCCAGAGAGAGAGAGAGAGAGAGAGAGAGAGUUCUAGGCGCUCUGACCGGCUAAAGACUAAAACCCCUUUCAUACCAUGAAUGCCAAUGGCGUCUCAGCUGAUGAAGUCAUUGCAAAACUGCUUGAAAUGGGUUUUGAGAAUUCCACUGUCAAAAAGGCUGUAAAAGAAGUAGGGCCAUCAUUUGAUGAUGCGUUGGAUUAUAUAUUGAAUGGUUGUUGUAGUACCAAUCGGAGAGCAACAAGAGCAUCAUCAACUAGUUCUAGUUCCAUGAGAAAUGUAAAGGCUCCCGGGAAAAGACCCCUGCCCGCCUCAUUCCCUUCGGCUCAAAUUCGACAGUCUAGCAUACUGGAGCAUUUUCAAUCCAAUAGUAGACCCAAAAGGAGUAAAACUGAUGGGGUACCUGAUGUAUCAGUUUCUGGAUCAGAAAUAGUACGUGGUCCUAUAGAACAAUGUUUGAAACCUCCUUCUGGCGUGAAUUGCAGUGUUGAAGUUUUAUCAGACACGUCUCCGCUUGAUUGCCUGGAGAAUCAAUCAGAUUGGCAGAAGAAAGCUAACAGUCUCUUGCAAAAGCAUUUUGGUUAUUCAUCAUUAAAAAAUUUCCAGAAGGAAGUCUUGGCUGCUUGGAUGGCUCACCAAGAUUCUCUUGUUCUUGCUGCAACAGGGUCAGGGAAAUCUCUGUGUUUCCAGAUUCCAGCAUUGUUGACAGGGAAGGUGGUGGUGGUGAUUUCACCGUUGAUAAGCUUGAUGCAUGAUCAAUGCUUAAAGCUGGCAAAACAUGGGGUUUCUGCUUGCUUUCUUGGAUCUGGGCAACCAGAUAGUACUGUGGAAAAUAAAUCAAUGAGCGGCAUGUACGACAUAAUAUAUGUUUGCCCCGAAACUAUCCUGAGACUGAUAAAGCCACUUCAAAAAUUAGCAGAAAAUCGUGGAAUCGCACUUUUUGCAAUUGAUGAAGUCCAUUGUGUUUCAAAGUGGGGCCAUGAUUUUCGGCCUGAUUACAGGAGAUUGUCUGAGUUGCGAAAGAACUUCAGUGCUUGCAAUUUAAAAUUCUUAAAAUUUGAUAUACCACUGAUGGCAUUGACUGCUACUGCCACAAUUCAGGUCCGCAAAGACAUUCUUAGGUCAUUGUCCAUGUCAAAGGAAACAAAGGUUGUGCUUACUUCCUUUUUCAGGCCAAAUCUAAGAUUUACGGUACAACAUAGUAGAACAUCGGCAUCAUCGUAUGAGAAUGAUUUCCACGAAUUGAUAGACACGUAUACUGGAAAGAGAAGAAUGGGUGAAAAGAAACAAAUAGUCAUGUCACAAGAACUAAACAAUGUGAUGGAUAGUGCUAAUGGUAGCAUAUCAGAUGAAGAUAACAUUUCUCAGGAUGAUUUAGACAAUUUUGAGGAUGGUUACUCUGACAAAGAUGAAGUAGAUUCAUCACAGGAAAAUGGUUCUAGUGCUUCAAAGGGAAGGGAGCUGUCAGUUGAGUACUUGGAGGAUGACAUUGACAUCUUUCAGAGUGUGAAUGAUUGGGACGUUAGCUGCGGUGAGUUCUGUGGACAAUCUCUUUGUGAGGACUGGAAUACCAGAAAAGAAACUAUAUCUGAUAUUAUUGAUCUACCAAAUAAACCAGAAGAAAGACUAAAACUUUUGCAGGAGCCGUUAGAGAAAGGGUCAACCAUCAUAUAUGUUCCUACUAGAAAAGGAACGUUGAGCAUUGCAAACUAUCUUUGUAGGUGUGGCGUGAAGGCUGCUGCCUAUAAUGCAGCGUUGCCGAAGUCACAUCUAAGGCAGGUUCACAAGAUGUUUCAUGAAAAUACUUUAGAGGUGGUUGUUGCAACAAUUGCUUUCGGAAUGGGAAUUGACAAGUUAAAUGUCCGAAGAAUAAUCCACUAUGGCUGGCCACAGAGUCUGGAAGCUUACUAUCAAGAAGCCGGUCGAGCGGGCAGGGAUGGAAAAUUAGCCGACUGCAUUUUAUUUGCAAACCUAACAAGAGUGCCAUCACUUUUGCCGAGUCGAAGAAGUGAAGAGCAGACAAAGCAAGCAUAUAAGAUGUUGUCAGAUUGUUUUAGGUAUGGAAUGAAUUCUUCAUGCUGUCGGGCUAAAAAACUUGUGGAGUACUUCGGAGAGGAUUUUAGUUCUGAAAAGUGUCUCUUGUGUGAUGUGUGCGUUGCUGGACCUCCCGAACUGAAGAAUUUGAGAAAGGAAGCAGAUCUCAUCAUGCAGGUUAUAUCUGCUCAUCAUGCAAGUCAAUACAGGAUUGGUUCAUAUGAUGAUGCUACAAGUAGUGACAUUAGACUUAGACGUGAAAGUUAUAUGGGGAAGCUAAAUCUCAGGAUGAUUAUCAGUAAAAUAAGGGAGCAGUCUCAAGAAUUCAUGGCAACUGAACUGCUUUGGUGGCAAGGCCUUGUCCGAAUUAUGGAAAGUAAAGGAUACAUCAAAGAGGGAGAUAACAAGACGCAUGUUCAGCUAAAGUUCCCUGAGCUAACAGAACUUGGGUUGGAGUUUCUUGAAACCAAAGGGGAGCAAACUUUCUAUGUUCACCCUGAAGCAGAUAUGCUGCUUUCUGCAAACAGACCCAAAUCUUUCUCAACUUUCUCAGAGUGGGGAAGAGGCUGGGCUGAUCCUGAGAUUCGACGUCAGAGGUUAGAGAAUAUGCAAUGCAACAGAAAGCCAUUUAACGCCGGAGGUAAAAGAGGACGACGAAAAUCACGAAAGCAACGACACAGUCCAAAUUUAAGAACUGCUCGAGGUAGAAUAGAAGCCAAACUCUCCAAAAAAGGUGCCCGACCAAGGUCAUUGAAGCAUUGACAAGUUUGGGAUUUACAUGUAGAAUGAAUCUAUGACAGCAAUUAACCAAAUAGGUUGUGGUGGAGCCUAUGAUUCAAAAUGCAAUUAUUUUUCAGUAGCAUAUUGCUUAAUCUUGCAAUCAUGAAUUAACGUAGGAUUAAAAUCGAUUAAUUUCCAA